AUGAGUGACGAGCAGGGAGAAAGGUUCCAUCAGGACAUGUGCCACAUGGAGGAGAGGUACCAGGGAAGGUGGGUCAUGAAGGCGGACUACUGCUGGUCGCUGAAGAGAGACAACCCAGCAGCUGCUCACACACGGGAAUCAAAGAAACGCCGAUUUAUGCCGAACUCUCCCCCUCCUUCUCAGGAACUCUCUCCCCCUUCAUCUCUGGAACUCUCUCCCCCUCCAUCUCAGAAACUCUCUCCCCCUCCUUCUCAGGAACUCUCUCCCCCUUCAUCUCUGGAACUCUCUCCCCCUCCAUCUCAGGAACUCUCCCCCUCCAUCUCAGAAACUCUCUCCCCCUCCAUCUCAGAAACUCUCUCCCCCUCCAUCUCUGGAACUCUCUCCCCCUCCAUCUCAGGAACUCUCUCUCCCUCCAUCUCAGGAACUCUCCCCCUCCAUCUCAGGAACUCUCCCCCUCCAUCUCAGAAACCUCUCUCCCCCUCCAUCUCAGAAACUCUCUCCCCCUCCAUCUCUGGAACUCUCUCCCCCUCCAUCUCAGGAACUCUCCCCCUCCAUCUCAGGAACUCUCCCCCUCCAUCUCUGGAACUCUCUCCUCCUUCAUCUCAGAAACUCUCUCCUCCUUCAUCUCUGGAACUCUCUCCCCCUCCAUCUCUGGAACUCUCUCCCCCUCCAUCUCAGAAACUCUCUCCUCCUUCAUCUCUGGAACUCUCUCCCCCUCCAUCUCAGAAACUCUUUCCCCCUCCAUCUCAGAAACUCUCUCCCCCUCCAUCUCAGAAACUCUCUCCCCCUCCAUCUCAGAAACUCUCUCCCUCCAUCUCAGAAACUCUCUCCCCCUCCAUCUCAGAAACUCUCUCCCCCUCCAUCUCAGAAACCCUCUCCCUCCAUCUCAGAAACUCUCUCCCCCUCCAUCUCAGAAACUCUCUCCCUCCAUCUCAGAAACUCUCUCCCCCUCCAUCUCAGAAACUCUCUCCCCCUCCAUCUCAGAAACCCUCUCCCUCCAUCUCAGAAACUCUCUCCCCCUCCAUCUCAGAAACCCUCUCCCUCCAUCUCAGAAACUCUCUCCCCCUCCAUCUCAGAAACUCUCUCCCCCUCCAUCUCAGAAACUCUCUCCCCCUCCAUCUCAGAAACCCUCUCCCUCCAUCUCAGAAACUCUCUCCCCCUCCAUCUCAGAAACUCUCUCCCUCCAUCUCAGAAACUCUCUCCCCCUCCAUCUCAGAAACCCUCUCCCUCCAUCUCAGAAACUCUGUCUAA